UUUGCUUUGAAAUUCGCCGUUCGCCAUCUAGCCAUCAACCAUCCAGCUUCAUACAAGCUCUCCGCAACCUUUCUCUUUCUUCUAUACCUAUCAGUUUUCUCCAUACUAAAUUUAAUAUCUUAUCCACGCAUCACAAAAUCAUGGCGAACGUCGCCUCUUCAGCCUUGAGACGGGCUUCGCGCCUCGGCCUCAAGCAAUCCCUCGCUUCGACCCCUCUACGAGGAAUUCCUUCUAUGUCAAGAGUGGGAGCCGUAACCACAGCACAAGUUUCACGAAGAGGUUAUGUAUCAGAAACAAAGCGGGAUAAUGCACAAGUCAAUGUCGAGACCGCAAUACGGCUUGACAAGAAGGAUUUUAUGAAUGAGAAAGGCGAACUCAUCACGGGAAGACCCGGUGCUCCUGCGAAUGCCACAAUCAGCCCAAUGGCUGAAGUUCUUAAGGAAGCUACUGUUUUAGAGGAAGGGCAACGUCCUAUCUAUCUUGAUAUGCAGGCUACGACACCGGUCGACCCUAGAGUCCUUGAUGCUAUGUUGCCUUUCUUCGUUAACGUCUACGGCAACCCCCAUUCGCGAACACACGCAUACGGUUGGGAAAGUGAAAAGGCUGUGGAGGAGGCACGAGAGCAUGUCGCAAAGCUUAUUGGUGCAGAUGCUAAGGAAAUUAUAUUCACCAGCGGCGCGACAGAGAGCAACAACAUGAGUAUCAAGGGUGUCGCGAGGUUUUUCGGGCGGUCGGGCAAGAAAAGGCACAUUGUCACUAGCCAAACGGAGCACAAAUGUGUCCUCGACAGCUGCCGACAUCUUCAAGACGAAGGUUUCGACGUUACAUAUCUCCCAGUUCAAAAUAACGGCCUCAUAAAUUUAGAGGAGUUAGAAGCCGCAAUUCGACCGGACACAGCCAUUGUUAGUAUUAUGGCCGUGAACAAUGAGAUUGGUGUUAUCCAACCCUUGGAGGAGAUUGGCAAAUUGUGUCGCCAGAAAAAGGUCUUCUUCCACACCGACGGUGCUCAGGCAGUUGGCAAGAUUCCUUUGGAUGUUAAUGCGAUGAAUAUCGACUUAAUGUCAAUCUCAUCGCACAAGAUCUAUGGUCCCAAGGGCAUUGGUGCCUGUUAUGUUCGAAGACGGCCGCGGGUCAGAUUAGACCCUAUCAUCAGUGGCGGUGGUCAGGAGCGAGGUCUACGCAGCGGUACCCUUGCUCCGCCCCUCGUUGUCGGAUUUGGUGAAGCUUGUCGUAUCGCCAAGCAAGAGUUAGAUUACGAUUCGAAGCGCAUCAAGUCAUUGUCUGAUCGGUUAUUGAAGGGACUCUUAUCCUUGGAACAUACAAGCCAAAAUGGCGACCCUGAACGUUUCUAUCCAGGUUGCGUCAACGUCUCCUUUGCGUACGUUGAAGGUGAAUCACUUCUCAUGGCUCUGAAGGACAUCGCGCUAUCAUCUGGCAGCGCUUGUACUUCCGCGUCAUUAGAGCCGAGUUAUGUUUUAAGAGCACUGGGCAACAGUGAUGAGAGCGCACACAGCAGUAUUCGAUUCGGCAUUGGUCGGUUCACUACGGAGCAGGAAAUCGAUUACGUUCUCAAGGCUGUUCAGGAACGAGUCACCUUCCUUCGCGAAUUAAGCCCUCUAUGGGAACUCGUACAGGAAGGUAUCGACUUGAAUACGAUUGAGUGGAGUCAGCAUUGAUUCAUCACCAUCCCUAAUGAAUUACUCUUUAUUCUCAUCUCGUCUAGGGCGUAGGGUGUAAGGUUAUGAAAUGAUGCCACAAUACGGUCAGUAUGGCUAGUUCUACAAUCUCUUACGAUCAGGGAACCGAGACCGACGAGGCCUCGUUUGUACUUUAGGAGUUAGGCUGGUUGGUACGUUGUUUGGCUCGUCGCUCAUUGCGAGCAUACAAUAGGCAGGUAUAUGUGGUUUCGAGUCGCUUAGGUUGUGCGGCUAUUAUGAGGACACCACGGGGGAAAAAUACAUAUGAAACAGGAUGUGUCUAUUGAUACCUAUAGCAUAACGUGCUUAAAAAUGAAAUACGAGUAAAUCAUUUUCUGCAUAGGUGUUAAUAUGAAGAAUCGGCCCAAUGUAAUUUCUCUUGCGCUUGUAAUUAUACGAAUCCU